GAAAAACAGAUAAGCAAGAUGAAAUUAUCUCCAUUGUACCUUUUAUCAUACGCAGCCUUAUUGAUCAAGGCCAAUGCUUUUGCGCUUGCUAAUGCUAAAGCUGAUGCUGAAGCAGCUGCUUUGGCUUUGGCAGACCCAAAUGCUAUACCAUGGGCUGAUGCUGUUCCAGAGGCAGCAGCAGCAGCUGCUGCUUUUGCUGAGGCCUACGCUGAAGCUGAAGCCAUCUCACAUCCUGAUCCACAUGCCUAUGCUCUGGCUGCCUCUGAAGAUCAAUGUGCCUCCUUCAGUUGUCAUGCUGCAUGUGGAUAUAUGAUUCUUAAUGGUGCUGCUUGCUCUCUCAAUGAGACUGACACUUACUCUGGUCCUCACAACUUGACAUGUCUUUGUGCUGAAGAUGGUAAUUUCAUGGGACGUUAUCCAUCUUGUAUGGAGUGUGGUUGGACCUUGUGGAAGUACUAUGGUCCUUAUGUCUCAGAGGCAUUGGAGGCAUGCUCUACACUUUCGACUGAACCAACUGGUACUUUGAGAUGCUCAACGACUUUAACAGACUCGUACACAAGAGAUCCUAACGCUGGUUGUGCUUAUGGAGGUACAUGUAUUGAGGAGGAGGCUACUGAAGGUGGAAACUCCACAGUGUCUAGUGAUGUUGCAGCAAUAGCUGUGACUGCAACUGAUUCGGACAGCGAUGAUGCUGUUAUCACUAGUACCAAUUCUGACAAUGCCUCAGCCUCAACAGAAUCUGAUGAGAGUGAGGGAGAGCUCGAGGAAGAAAGCAACAGUGAGGAUGAAGAGAACAGUAACAGUCAGGAUGAAGAGAACAGUAACAGCCAAAAUGAAGAGAACAGUAACAGUGACAGUGACACUGCAAAUUCUUCUACUACAGACUCUGAGGCUUCUGGUACAGCAGAUGCAGCUGGUGCCAACGUCUCCGGCGAGGCAAGCGGUUCAGCUACCGAGCUCACCACUACUACUGAAUCUAAUUCUGAAGCAAACAGUGAAUCAGCUUCUUCAGUCAACGGAGCAUCAAUCUUAGCAGCUGGAAGCUCUUUCAUGGGUAUAAUUGCUUUGGCUUUGUUUAUUUGA